CCUUAGCUGAGCCACAAACCGGAUACACUCGACAUUCUGUUGAUGAGAAUCCAUGGGAGUUGGAUUAAGCCAGUCUGUAUCCCGGUGUUUCACGGACCGGAAAUUGUUUAUGAUUCGAGGUAAAUGCUGCCAGGAGAUGCUGUCGUCGCAAGAGAAAACAAGCGGAGAACCAGAAACAUAACAUCCCAGAAUCGAGGCCUAUCGUGACAGUUAGCUGGUGUUAGAAUGGAUGACGACUGCAAUGGCCAUCCUUACAUGUCAGGCAGUGGAGACUCUUCGAUGGAGAGGGAGUUUUCAGGGGCUGUGGGAGGCCCCACAGUGAGCACCCCCAACAGCCAGCACACUUCCCCCAGCCGCUCUCUUAGUGCCAACUCCAUCAAAGUGGAACUAUACAGUGAUGAGGAGGCGGGCCAUGGUACAGGGCCAGAGGAUGAGAAAGGGGACAAGGUGGAAGAGGGGGGUUCUGAGCAGGGAGGAGAGGCAGGAGGCGGCUACAGGGAGCUGGCCAGUCCGGAGCCCAUGUCACCAGGAGGUGCCAUCCGGCUGCCCAAUGGGAAACUCAAGUGUGACAUCUGUGGGAUGAUCUGCAUUGGGCCCAACGUCCUAAUGGUGCAUAAACGCAGCCACACAGGUGAGCGGCCAUUCCAGUGCAAUCAGUGUGGAGCCUCCUUUACCCAGAAGGGGAACCUGCUGCGUCACAUUAAGCUGCACUCGGGGGAGAAGCCCUUUAAAUGCCCCUUCUGCAGCUACGCAUGCCGCAGACGGGACGCUCUCACAGGCCACCUCCGCACUCACUCGGUGUCGUCUCCCACAGUGGGAAAGUCCUAUAAGUGUAGUUACUGUGGCCGCAGCUACAAGCAGCAGAGCACCCUGGAAGAGCACCGCGAACGCUGCCACAGCUACCUACAGAGCCUGGAGACACAGAAGCCAGCCAGCGCUCACACUCAAGGAGAGGAGCUGAGGGACCUGGAGUUCAUGCCUGAAACCCUGCUGCAACCUUCCUCAGACAAGAUGACGUUCAUCGAUCAGCUGGCCAACAGCAUCACCAAACGCAAGAGAUCCACACCACAGAAAUUUGUAGGACAGAAGCACAUGCGCCACAAUCUGGCUGACAUGCCUUUCGAGCUCAGCGCUGCCUUUGACAAGGACGGGGAGACACACCACGGUGGUCUGGAGCAGCCACACUACACCGGCCUGGGAGGAGGCUACCUGGGGGUUCCAGGAGGUGGUGGAUCUGAAGGCCUCCGACCCCUACAGCUGCCCCCCCCUCACCCCUCGUGCCUAUCGGAGCUCCGGCCAGUCAUCAGCUCAGCUCACACCCCCAUGGUGCCGCUGGGGCCGAGGUUGGACUGCACGGGGGCCGGGGCUGGCCUAGGGUCCACAGGAGUGGGGGGCAGGGAGGCUGCAGAGGGCCACGAGGACCUACCUCCUGCCCGUAGCCAUGCCCCUUCGCCUAUCAACGGUUGCCAGGACUCCACAGACACUGAGAGCAUGCCGGACGAAAUGUUAAGCAGUGUGGCGCCUGCCCUGCCUCUCCACAACAACGAUAAUCACCACCACCUCCACUCCAACCACCACCCUCCCCCUCCGCCCCUACUGCACCGCAGGGACAGACACAGACACAGCCCAAGCCACUCCAAAGACAGGGAAGAGGGUGACAACUCUGCCAUCCCCCCGGCCCCAGGCUCCCCCACCUCCAGGGAGGCGUUUCGGGUGGUGGACGGAGAGGGGCACGCGGUGCGCUCCUUCCGCUGUGAGCACUGCCGCGUGCUUUUCCUGGACCACGUCAUGUUCACCAUCCACAUGGGUUGCCACGGCUUCCGCCAGCCCUUCGAGUGCAACAUCUGCGGCCAUCGCAGCCAGGACCGCUACGAGUUCUCCUCGCACAUUGUCCGCGGGGAGCACCUGCUAGGCUGAGGCUGAGGGAUGGCUGGACGGGCCUCUGUACUUAGUUUUUUUUUUACUCAGAAGGGCCUGCUUGGGUUUGGUCUGCAUCACAAUAGGGGGCAGAGUGGGAUGGGUAGUACGGAACUGCUUUUUGUAAAUUAUUUGUGCACAAGCGUUGAUACUGUUAUCACAUAAACCACGACUUCAAAUAGGCACAUUAGCUCAAUUGAAUCACUUUUUAAAAAGGAAAGGGAGAAUCCUCACCACUCUGAAUGCACUUUUCAAAAUGGAUGAAUUCUUAACGAGGAAAUGCACUUUCAAAUUGAUUUUAUUCUGAAGUAAAGAUAGUGAAUGCACUUUUUUAUCCUCAAAGUGCCUUUCUCUGCUGUGGUCUACCUUUCCUCUCUUAUCCGGGUAAUAACCGGGUGCACAAAACAGUGAUGCUACCAUCUAGACAAUGUGGGUUAGAUCUGUGACAUUGAGUUGUUUCCUCUACUGCACUUUAAUCAAUAUUUUAACCAAGAUAUAUCUUGUGGAAAAAAACAAGAACAGUCAGGCUUCCUUGGAAUUUGUCAGUUUAGCAAAGCUCUAUUUGAAAAGCACAUUUUAACAGAUCUAUUCCAUUCCGUCACACCUAGUCCCUGGGGAUGUGGCAGACAGUGUUGUUUAAGAUUGUGUGUAGAUGGUGUAUAGUACUGUAGGUCAUAUUUUAAUAAGUUGCGGUGCAGACCAGACCCAGGAUCCCAAGUUAAAUGGUUAGAAGAGAUUUGAGGGGUUAGCCUCAAUGAGGAGUGCACUUUCCAAUUUCAGUUUGUGUAUAGGUGUGUAUGUUUGUUAUUUUGUUUAAGUUAAGAGAGUUGAAGGCUUUUAGCAGUGUGAAUGUCGUGGGGUACAGUAUGUUUGUUUUGUUUCCUUUAAUUGCGUUUGUUGCACUGAGAUACCUGCCGAGAUAUCAUUUAUAUUGAACUAUUUUAUAGAAGACGACAUUUAUGGCCUGCACAUUUCUCUAUGCAGUAUGUUGAAAGAAAUAAUCAAACAUUUGUAAAACUGAUUCCACAAAAUAAGAGAGCCACUGCAACUCUUUUGGAGUUGACUUCAACGAAGGGUGGGGAUAAGAUUGUUGGCAAUUUUAGAAGGUCCUUGUGUACUAUGAAACAAACCUAAACAACAAUAUUAUUUACAAGUGAGACCUAAAACAAUUGUAUAUUCAUUGUACUGUGCCUUUCAAGACGUUGAUCUGGGGGACAUGCAGUAACAACAGCCAUGUCUUGCCAACAUAUCUUUAUGGAUGAGAAGAUGUCAUUUUGACGAUGUAACAUGAAAUACCCCAUCUGCCCCUGCUAAAUAGCCUACCCACGCUGAAUCCUAGAUUGCCCUUCACUAAUCACUAGGUUUGAUUUGCACAUUCACUCAUUUCUUAAGUAGCCUAAUCAUGUUGAUAUAAAUUGUAUUACAUCGUCCAAAAAGGAAAUAGACAUGUUUAAAAAAGCACUUUCAGGCAUUUAAAAGAUUAAAUGUGAUAAGUACAUGUGCACGAGAUUGUAACCUGCUGCUAAGGCAUGAAUGAGUAGUGUGUGGUUGUCCACAGUCCUCGGUGGUUGAGAUUGAAAACGUGAUUCUUCAGAAGUGACUGAAAUGUUUAUCCUCGUUCAAUGAUUUUCCUUUUCUCUCACUGGACUUGUAAUUGUUUUUAUAGAGUACUGACGGUAAAAGAAAUCAUUGGAAUCAUGACUCAUUUAGAUCCCUUUGGUCAACUUUGGCUACCAAGAUGUAUAGUUUGUAUUUUAUUUUCCACAACAAGGCUUUGAUCAAAGGAACUUGAUGAAUAAACACUUGUGAAUUCAAAAAAGCACUUACAUUGAGCGAUUUGAAGAGACUGAUGGUAAGGGGUCAGUUAGGUCCUGAUUGGUUUUGGCAGUAGUUGCCUUACUCUUUUACCCAAUCUCUUGGUCUGCACAGUAAAUGAACUUGGAAGCCUGUAUGGUUUAUAGCUCGAU